UGAAAUCGAAAGCUAAGGCAAAGAAAGAGUUUUUGGAGGAGAAAAUCACAAAGUUAUAACGACGCCAUGGCCAUGUUAGAAGCAAGGCCCUAUAGGCCAUUCAAAUCCAGCGAGGAGUAUCUGGAGGCCAUGAAGGAGGAUCUGGCCGAAUGGCUUAGCACCCUCUAUCCGGAACUGAGCAUCAACGCGGAGAACUUCAUGGAUCGCUUGGACACAGGCGUGGCAUUGUGCAAGCACGCGAAUUAUGUGCGGCAGGCGGCCGAGGAUUAUCUGGCGCGGCGACAGGCCCGCAACAAAUCGAUGACCCGCUCGAUGACCUCCGGCCUGGCGGGUCCAAUUCUUGCCCUGGGCAACGUCCACUACCUUCCGGCCGCCAAAAGUGGCACCUUCUUCGCCCGCGACAACGUGUCCAACUUUAUCACCUGGUGCAGAAAAAGUCUUAAGAUCAUCGAGUGCCUGCUGUUCGAAACGGACGAUCUGAUUAUGCGAAAAAACGAAAAGCAUGUUAUCCUGUGUCUUUUGGAGGUGGCACGUCGGGGUGCCAAAUUCGGUAUGCUGGCUCCCAUGCUGGUGCAAAUGGAGCGACAAAUUGAUCGGGAGAUCGCCGCCGACAUCAAGGCCAAUGGCCAGGGAGUUGGCUCCUCGGAAAGCGGCACCCAAACGGAGGGGAUGGGCGCCGGAAAUAGUACGGCCUGCACAACGACGACAAUAACGACAACGACGGUGGAGACGGAUCUGUAUGAUGACAGCGAUGAUUCGGAGACCGAGGAUGAUGGCGAUGAGAAUCCCGUACUGAUGUACGGCCCACAGCCCCAGAUAAUCACCAAUGAUCUGAAGAGUCUCGAUGAGAUGGUCAGGGAUCUGGUGGAGAAGUGCACUUGUCCCUCACAGUUCCCCAUGGUCAGAGUGUCCGAGGGCAAAUAUCGUAUCGGCGACACCAAAGUUCUUAUCUUUGUGCGGAUCCUUCGUUCUCACGUGAUGGUGCGCGUCGGUGGCGGCUGGGAUACACUAUCCCAUUAUCUGGACAAGCACGAUCCAUGCCGCUGCCGUGCCCAACAUCGCAGCUCCGUGGCCGCCCGUCUAGUUCCUCGCCAGUCGCCGAAUCACAAUCCCAGCAAUGGCAUCGAGCUCCACAAGGCACAGGUGAUAUUCGAGAGGUCACCGCCAGCAGCUCGUCGGGUUUUUAUCAAUCCCAAUUGCAAUGGAGGAUCGGGAACGGUAGCGAGUGGAACAGGAUCCUCAUCCGCAGGAGUGGGCGUGGCCCCCCCGCCCCAAUCGCUCCAAAACGGACACAGUCUAUCGCCGAAUUCGGGCAAGUACCGCAGUCGCAGUCCGACGCCCCAGCGAAAGUUUCUCAACCAGCAGACGAAUGGAGUGGCCGGUGGAGGAGGAGGCAGUGCAUCCGCAUCCCAAACAGCGGUAACCAGCCAGACAGUCAUAAGCGAAUCCUCCAGCGCCGGUCAGCUACUGGGAUCACCCAGUUUGGCCCGACGCUCUAUGUCGCCGAGUCCACGCCGUUUGAUCGAUAUGCGCAAGAAGCAGAGCUCCCUGGAUUCGUACAGCAGUGGUCCCAAAUCGCUGCCCGGCUACAGUUGCUCCUCCAUGGAGGAGGCGGCGAAUGGUGGUGGAUCUGCCGGAGGAGCUGGCCAGGGAUCAGGAGCAGCAGCAGCAGCAGCAACUGCGGAGCAGGGUGGCGCCAACAAAUUUGAGAACAUCAGCGACAAUGGCAGCGAGAUCAGCGAUGAGGGCUACCGCAGCCUGGGCGUCAUCCAAUCCGGAGCCCAGAAACGCGAGUCCCUCCACAGUCAGGCUUCAAUCGAGGACGCUGAAAGCAAUGCGCGUCUGGAUCAGACCUCCAGUGACUCGCAGAUCUCGCCCUCCGAUGAGCCGGCGACCGAUGAGAAGACAGCCGUGGAUAUUCUCGAGGAAGAGGAUCUGAAUGGCCAUGAUCGAGGAGCAGAGGAGGAGGAGGAGCACGAGGACUACUCUGUGUGCGAUGGUCCCCAAUCCCUGCCGGCGAUUUUAAGCGUGGCCCACAAGUUAAACGACAAAUUCGAGCGAUCCGGUGUGUUCAUCACCGACGACGAGAUCACCGUGGACAUGGCCAAGACCGAGGAUCCUGUUGCUUCUGCCCUCGCAGUUCCAACGCCCAAUCUCAGCAAGAUUCCGCGCUCUCCGCUGGCGCAACGUCGUCGCCGGAGCAUCGACAAUAGUACAUGUGGCGGUGGUGCCGGCGGAAGUCUUCAGGAUUUGAGCAGUAAUCGCUCCGGAUUGCCGGCACCGGCUUUUAGCCGAAAACAGCCCGUUUAUCGUUCGGUGCGAACGCGCAACUCCACGGGAGCAACGCCUCCUCCUCCGCCUCCUGCAGCUCCGCGAUCCCGUCAAGCCACCCAAUUGCCCAUGGUGCGGGAUGUGACCAAUACGUGGAGCGGGCGACCAAAGAGGAGGCCGCCCUGCAACGCCGAUACCUUUGUGGCGCCACCAAAUGCAAAUGGAGGAGCAGCAUCCUUUGAGCGGAAUGGCAAGGGACGCUCCUCGCAAAUCCUGUACGACAGCAAUGGACGGCGAGUGCGAAGUGGAGCACCCGGAUGCACUAGUUCGCUGACCACAUCUCCCGUGAAGAAUCAUGCCUCCUCGCCGCUGGCACAACAGCUUUUGGAGGCGGCCAGCAGCGCCAAGAACGAUGCCCAGAUUCUGGAGAAGAUGAAGUCCCUGCUGUCACGCUAUGCGGCUGGUAACCAAGCGAAGGGAGGAUCAGGAAAGAUCAGUAGCACUAAUGGCAAGAAGACUCCCGUCUACGAGGACUUCACCACCGCCUGGGUGCACAGCAAUGGGAAUUUGGAGCGUUCGGAGAGCUGUUCUCCUCCAGCCAAGGCCAGAUCCAAGCGGAGUUCCGCUGCCAGUUCGUGUGAGAGUCAGAACUCAAAGGAUCAGGGAGCAGGAACAGGAGGAUCAUCUAGUGUGGUCUCACCGAGGCGGGAGAGGGGCAUGUCCAAGAUUCCAGCGCCAGUGCGACAUCAUACAGAGCUUUACUAGCAGCGCCGGAGGACGCCAAGCGUCCAGGUGGAGGUCCGUUUCCAAGCCAAGUCGAGGGUUUUCUGAAAAGCCUCCAAAGGGAGCAGAGAUCGCGGGGUAGUACGUAUGUGUAGGCAAUAGGAUAGGAUUAGAGCCAAGCUGGAAUUGUCUGCUGCUGCUACGGCGUGUGUGUGUGCGUGGGGAGCAGAAGAGAGAAGAAUCCUGGA